AUGUCGACGCCGUCAAAACCCCCUCAAAAUGCCUCCGCCAACCCCGGCUCCCCCGACCCAGUCUCGUCUUCGCCACUUUUACCUGCUGAGAUGAUCGAAUUGCCUCCAUCCCCUCCACUGGAAGAAGAACGCAGUCUUUUUUUCUCGCCACCCGCCAUGUCUCCAAUCCGAGCCUCGUUCGAAUCAGCUACGAAGCGCAGCCCAACCCCAUCACAGUUUAUAACCCCCUCGAGACCACGCGCUGGUUCUCCCCAAAGAAGAAUGAGACCUUUGUCUGCAAGUGGAAUUGCUGGAAUGCCUCCGCCUAUGCAGCGAGCGCAUUCCUCACCAGGCGUAGAUUCCUCUGGCCGAUAUGUGACGCCUUAUGGAUCCGCACGAAGACCAGUCUCUCCCUUGCCCAUGGGCAGACGGCGAAGUCCUUUACGAUCGUCUAUGGAAGAGCCGUAUCCAGGAGUUCCAUCUUGGAGUGGCUUGAACAUCGAACCAAACAUUCCUGAAAACGAAGAGCUCGAACUCUCCGAACUGGAUCUAUCCCAACCAUCACCUAUCUCAUCCUUCUCCAACGCAUUUCCUCGAUCUCGACGAAGAACCACAAGCCCUCUUCAUCAGAGUGCUAGUGCUCCAUCCUUACAUUCUAGAGCUAUGAGCCCUGGUGUCUCCGGAAGCACAUCCCCGCUCCCCUUGGGUACCGCUCAUAGAUACAGCAAUGAGCCAUAUCCAAUGUACUCUUUCAGUUCCGCAUCCUCAAUUCCGAGUACGCCAACAUCGAUCCGAUCCCGAUCACCCUCCAUCAGUUCCCUCGAGACGAUUGAAGACAUUCCUGACGCCGAAGAAGCCGCCAUGCUUGAGGACGAAGAAGGAAAGCCUAGGACCGAGGAUGGCGAGCCGAGAAGGGCUUCUCUAGAAAUCCGGGGAAGCAAUCUACGAAGCAACAAGGAAAGAAAACGAUGGUCUGUCUGCGGCGCGGAAAGAAGAGCAGACUUUUCUCUAGAGCCCAUCGAAGAAUGA